AUGAUCCUGAGGGACUUGUUACAUUCCGACACGUUGGCGGAUACACUACCGGCAGGUUUGUUACGUUUGCUGAAGAUUUUGUUCCUUCCGUCAGGAUUGAAUCUGCGAAACUUGGUGUGGCAUGGAUUUAUUGCUCCUUGCGAGUUCCCGAAGUGCUUUGGGUGCCUUACACUGCUGCUCACUAUGGCAUUGCCGAGUGUAAUAAAUGGAGAAGACGGCGGGUGUCAGCAAGAUCUUGUCACAAUACUUCGCGAGGAAACUCCAGCUGUGAGAGAAGAAGUGGUGAGUAGAUGGUCCCGUGCUCCAUUUAUUCCUCUUGGGAGGUCGAAUCUACUACGACGAGGUGUAGAGAUGUUAGUGGAACGAGGAGACGAGCUCUACUUCCUUUUUGCAGUCUUUCCUGUGCUGGAGCAUGCUCUGCGGCUCGAAUUUCUUCGGAAAAACCAAGAGCGUGCUGGACUGUCGAGUGCUUAUGGCUUGGCGCAGAUUGACGCGUACUAUUCCACGUUAGAUGGCUUCGGUCAGAAGGAUAAGCACCAAGUAUUGCUACAUCCAGCUGUGCUUCGAGAUGCUGACAAAAGUGACGGAAAGUCUGGUGACGAGACGGAUAAAGCACAAUCAGCGACCAACGCUCUGUAUGAAAUGCUACCGUUUGCCUCGCUUACAGUGCUUCUGGAUCUGUUUAUGAUGCCCACUGGACCAAAUCUUCGUGCUAAACUUUGUCACGGGGAAGCAAAUUUGUCGAGUCUUCUGUGCAUUUCAAAAGCUAAAAGAAGUUCUUCCUUUAGUGCCAUCACUACCAGUUCAUUUCACCCGUUCUACCGCUUGCACCGGGCUCUAAGUGCAUCACACAGCGCGGCAUCCGAGUUCGCGGCUUUCCGGUCACUUUGGACAUCAUAUCAUCUGGAAGAAAAAGCUGGUCGAAUCACGGAGUUCGUUGCAGCAUUAUCUUGCCAUUCAGCUCUUAAGAAGAAGAAAUCCUUUGCACUGCUAAUCGGACAGCUCAAUUGUCAAUUAAAUGACGUUGCAGCUCGAAUUCGCCGCGAUUUCAAGCGGAAUCACUGUUCAAAGUCAACGGCUCGUCCACCUAGCAAAUUUAUUCAACGGCAUCUACUGGCGUUGGGCGAUCAAGACGGACUCAGCGUGGCUUCGUGUAUGAUGGAAAUCAUCGCGUGCUGUCAGCGAUCACUGAAGUCAUUCCGCUCUCGCAUUGAGCAAUUGCAGCGACUUGUGGCGGAAGGAAAGGCACGUACAAACCACAGGCGUUCGUUGCUCACCGGUGUCUUCUUCCUCCCUGUGUUUGAGCGAAUGCAGCUAGUGAGUCUGAGCAUUGUGGAGCAUCAACUCGUCCACUUGCACGACGGCAAACUCUUGCAGUGCAUCACGUCGUUUGAAGGCUGCAUAGGCAGCAGUGAGACUUCGCAAAAAAGCGGUGAACAGGCUGUCGACCGAGCGCUACAGUUCUUGAACGCGAAAGCUGUCAAGAUAGCGUUCCCAUCUACAAUUAUAACGUGA